AGCAGUCGGAUGCGCGAGUUUCUCUUUUUGUGUGCACUGUGAUGUGUGUGUGUCGAUAAGAGGUGGAUCCGACCGAUGCAACGGGAGGCCGUACCAGAUUCCGCGCGAGCAAUUGGCUGCUCGUGAACUUUGUUUAUCCGCGCACGCCACGCACUCAGAAUGUCUCGCGGUCUUCGGAAUCACCGGUAGAUUAGCGAGAUCAUCCACACACGCAGUCCGCAGUGUGCAGUGCGCAGGUCAGGAUAGAGCGCGUCGCGUGCAACCACACAGACCGUGAGAGAGAGAAAUUAACGGUAACCGUAGAGAUGACGGAGAAACGGAUGUCGCGCUGGUACUUCGGUGGGAUCGCGUCGUGCGGAGCCGCCUGCUGCACGCACCCGCUGGACCUGGUCAAGGUGCACCUGCAGACGCAGCAGGAGGUGAAGAUGAGGAUGCUGGGCAUGGCCAUGCACGUGGUGAAGAACGACGGUGUGCUGGCACUCUACAACGGCCUCAGCGCCUCGCUCUGCAGACAGAUGUCCUAUUCUCUCACCAGGUUUGCCAUCUAUGAGACGGUCAGAGACGUGAUGGGCAGCGGUGCUCAGGGACCCAUGCCCUUCUAUCAGAAAGUGCUGCUGGGCGCCUUCGGAGGCUUCACCGGCGGUUUCAUCGGGACUCCUGCAGAUCUGGUUAACGUUCGGAUGCAGAACGAUAUGAAGCUUCCUGCAGAUCAGAGGAGAAACUAUAAACACGCGCUGGACGGACUCUUCAGGGUCUGGCGGGAAGAGGGCACCAGGAAGCUGUUCUCGGGAGCCACUAUGGCGUCCAGCAGAGGAGCCCUGGUCACUGUCGGACAGCUGGCGUGUUAUGAUCAGGCCAAGCAGCUGGUGUUGGGCACAGGACUCAUGGGAGACAAUAUACUCACACACUUCCUGUCCAGCUUCAUCGCUGGAGGUUGUGCGACGUUCCUCUGCCAGCCGCUGGAUGUAAUUAAGACAAGAUUGAUGAACUCUAAAGGAGAAUACAGAGGUGUGAUCCACUGCCUGAGUGAAACCGCCAAACUGGGACCACUGGCCUUCUACAAGGGUUUAGUUCCCGCUGGGAUCCGCUUGAUUCCUCACACGGUCCUGACCUUCGUCUUCCUGGAGCAGCUGAAGAAAUACUUCGGCAUCCGGGUGGUCAGCUGAACUUUGACCUCUUGACCUUGUCCCUUUGGCCCCCUCUUGAAGCUGCACUCACUUCCACAAUAUUAUUUCUGGAGAGUCUCUCACUACACACAGUGCUGCACACAACACAACAUCACUGUCCGAGUGCCAAACCCGUCAGGAGAGGAUCUCAAUGACUAGGCCUUUCUCAAUGUCAAGGGUACUUCCUCGGCAGGACUGGUCCUUCCAAGUCACUUCCUUCAGAGGCUAGGCGAGACUCCCCUUUAGCAUUCGGAGAACACGUAAAUGGAACAGGCUAGCAAGUGCACGUAAUUGCAUCAUUACGUCAGUGAAAAGGUCCGUUUGAAUAACGCUGUGAAUGGUAUAAUGGUAUAAUAUUAACUUUUAAUUACUUUGGACAACUUAACUAGUUAUUUAUAAAAGAAAUGCCGGUGACGCAAUCAAGCUAACAAUUGUUAAAUGACAGGUCCGGGUCAGUUAGCCAUCAAUAACGUAAUUUGUAUUUGUAUAAUUUACAAUAUCAAUAUGGUAGUCAUUUUUACUGGCAUUUAAACGUUAAACUUUACUUUUAUUUACUACAAUUAUAACAAAUGUUUGGUAACGUAAAUAAAACCGUUAACGCUCCGACUCCGCUAAUGUUCGACAUUUGUAAAUUUUUGAACAAGAUAGCAAAGCUGCGCUCAUAGGGUUGUGGGUGAUUUAAGAGCGCGAAGGCUACACAUAUGCAUCCUUUCCUGUGUAUGCAAUAUUUUUCGAACAAAGGACUCAGUCCUUGGUUGAAAUUCCAAGGAUCCUCGACAUUGGAACAGUCCUUCGACGGAUGACAUAGCAUCCUCGAAAUUCUGGCUUCCGAGGAUCCUUCCUUGACAUUGAGAAACGCCUACUGUAUGCUCCUCUCUUCAGGAUGAGCUGUAGAUUAUAGAUCUCAUCCAUCUAGUUUAUGAAUUAAUGAUUCUGAUUGUUGUUUUUUAAGCUGUUUUUAAAUCCUUGUUCUGCAACAAGACGUUUUAAAGGAAUAGUUCACUCAUAGGGCCCUAUCAUACACCUGGCACAAUGUGACGCAAUGGAUUCCUGCUUGACUUGUAGAUGAUCUGCUCACGCACUUUAACUUCACGCUCGAGCAAAUCGGUUUCUUUGAUUGAGAAGCGUUCUGCUUUUCUGCCAACAAAUUCUGCCAUAUAAAUAGAGAUCUGCCAUGGCGCGAGUGUAUCUUGCUCUUAAAGGGAAUGGGAGAUGACACUCUGAUUUGUUUAUUGAAUGUUACACCCAUUACUUACUAAGAGAAUAGGGACAACCCAUUCCAGAAACCGUUUUUCUGUUGACACACCUGCGCUGUCAGCUUUACACUUUGCGUUUAGACCAUUAUCUCAUCAUUAACUCCUGGACAAUGCUUUUUAUUGUUGUUUUCCUUUUCUUUUCCAUUUAUUAAAUAGUUUUGUUAGGGUGAGUCAAUUCUAACAGAUGUUUUUGCUGUGUGAACUAUUUCUUUAAGACAUAAGAUGCGCACAAAUAAGACGGUCCAUAUCGCUUUAAGGUUUUUAAAUGGUUACGUUCAGUCUGUAUGAAUUGUGUUAAACUGUUUUAAUGGAACAAAUAUCUUCAACUAUUUUCUGGAUUUGAUUCACAUCAGGGUUAGGGGGGACAGAAUAAAACCAAGGUUUACUUUUAUAUCCAAAAUGAGAAGCAUCAUGAAAAAAACUUUAAAAACACCUUUAGACAACAGACUGAUGUGAAUCCAUGUGUUUGCAAUGUGAAAGAUGAGUCAGAAUCCUGUACUUGAUGCUAUACUUUAAUUUUUCAUGAUAUUUCUGCUGGAAAAACUCUGCCUCAUCUGUGACUGAAAUAACGUUAGAUCUUCUGUCAUUUCUGCAAAUAUGCCUGUAGUUGUUUUAGUGUUGAGUUAAUGGGGCAUUUAGUGAAUAAGGUGCACAAAUGAUUCAUAUUAAUUCAGUUUUGUGGUUGAAUAUCUUGAGUUAUCCUGAGCUAAGCAUAUAACAUUUAUAACAAAUUUAGUUUAAACUAUAUAUAUAUUAGAUUAUGUUGGUUAAUUACCAUAUUGGUAUAUGCCUAAAAACGUGCUUGGUUGUUUUUAAUUUAAUUUAAUUUAAUUUAGUUUGACACUAAGAAUGAAGUGGAUCACUGGAGAAGCCUGUAUGGGUGUCCAGCAGAUGUGUGCAUGCGUGGAGGGUUUGCAGAUUUGGUUACGAACAGGUUUUUAUAAUACAAAUGUAUUUGUAAUUAAGGGUUAUUAAUUGUAAUUUAGGGUUUUUGAAAAUCAAAUGCUUGAACUGAAUAGAACUGAGCUGCUCUCUCUGCCUCGAGAAAAACGCAAAUAUGAAACCAAAUGAGAUAUAAAACUGGUCUAAACUGCAGUUGUGCCUCCUCAGAACGACAUUUUGUCUAAAAUGAAAAUAUAUGGAAAUAAAAGUACUAACACAAGAAAAA